CUAUAAGUAUUUGAUUUGUUUAUCUCACAAGAUGUUGUCUCAGAGGAAUGUUGUGAUGGUUGAUAAAUAAAUUUGUCAAAGCUUGUAGAUUCUGUAAUUAAUUAUGCCAUAUAAUUAAUUUUCAUUUUAUCACUCAUACUGUAUAGUCGUGCUGUGAUCUAUUGUGAUGAUUUAGUAUAUAAUCUUUGAUUUUUCAUUGAUAUCAAAUUAAUUUUAUAACAUGUGCCUUAAAAUAUCACUUAUUACAUUAGUAUUAGCUACCACAAUAUUGUCCUGUUUUUGUGAAAUAAAUCGACAUAUUGAGUGUACUGUUUAUGCAGAUUCAAUUGAUCAAGAGAAUAAACAUAAUUUAAAUGUCAUCUACGUUACUGCUACAGAUGAUCACGAUAAAAUCCAUUAUUUAUGGAGCUCUUAUGUUGUUCCUAGUGUAAUUAUUUCUAGAACUUCAAAAGAUACUACACUUGAAAAAAUUGACUUUGAAAAGCUCCGUUUAUUUCAAAGUGGUGCUAUUCAAUUUAGUAAGAAUCCCCUCUCCUCAACAGGUUUUACAAUAUCCGAGCUGUGGCAAAAUUCUUAUGAAAAAGAUUCUUCAGAUAUAAAUGAAAUAAGUGAAGUAGUUCCCUUAGCUUUGGAAAAUUUUCAAUGGAACAAUGUAACAAAUAGUUCUAUAAGCUGUUCUGAAACAUUUGCUCAUAUAAAUUUAGUUUCUUCUGGUGAUGAAACAGUUUUUUCGAAAGGAGGGACAUUUGAAAUUGAGUUUUCAAUUUCUGGUAAAGAAGAAGCUGCAUCUAAUUAUCCUCACCUGAUUUAUUCUGGAAACUCAACUCAACUUAAAGUUGUCUUCAACAAAUUUUACUCAAAUUCCUCUAGAAUACGAUAUGCUAUGGAAGUAUCUGUUUUUUCACCUUUAGCCAAAACAUGUGAUCAAGAUGAUUGUGAACCUGUUGUCGCAAAGUCUGUCAGUGAUGAGUUUUCACCUGGCAUUUUUUCUGAUAUUACACUUUUACCACCAUGUUCUCAAGAUUCUUUUCUUUCGUGGCGUCCUGUUGCUUAUACAAGUAAUGAACCGUCUGUUGCUAACUCAACUGAUGCUAAAAUUACAUCAAAGUGCUCUAAAUCUGUUGAACGUCAUAUCCAAAGCAUUGCCGAACUAUUUUUUAAUGAUCUUGGAAAUAGUUCUGUAAGCAAGUUUAAUAUGACUUUUGGAACCAAAGGAGAUGGAUUUUACUCUAAAACUGAAUACACAAUGUGGUCAUUCAUGGCAGGAGUUGGAUCUAGUGUAGGAUUUAAGUUAUCAGCUACUGCAUUAAUUUUCCUAUGUGUAGGUCUUGGAGCUCUUUCUGUCUUUCUUAUCUCUGGAUUGAUUUUCACAGCAGUUAAAAAAUGUCGAAGAAAAGAUGAAUUACUUUUGAGUGAUGCUGUCAACUAAUUUAAAGUAAAGGGAUUUAUUACUUAAGAUUUUGCCCUUUUUAUUUAAAUAAUAUGUAUAUAAUGUGUUAUUUAUUUGUAAUAUAAUUAAGGAUGUAAUUAAUAUUUAAUAAUUUUUUUCCAUGUCAGUAUUUAUAGUUAUGAAUAAUAAUAAUUUAAUGACAUUUGAUUUGUUUCAUAUUAAAUAAGAAUGUGCUUUCUUUAUUGCUAUAAAUAUAGAAACUUGAAGGCUUUUUUGGUGUUAAACUGUUUUAAUUUUUUCCGAUAAUUAACAUUUAGUUGAAUGUUGCUCAAUCUCAAGGCUUUCAUUUUCUGUGUUGAAUUUACCAUUCUGUGUAUUCGAGUGUUAUGAAAAUUAAUAUGAUUUUUUUUUAUUUGAUUCUCACUCAUAGAAUUUUUCUCAAACUGAAAAAAUUAAGAAUAAAGGACAUCAAUAAUUUAUAAUUGUUUUGUCUUAUAUUUCUAAUAGUAUUUAAUAGUUAGACUUGAGAUAUUUUUUGAGUUUAUAGUUAUAGGCUUCUAUUAACCCUUUGCUAGUAAUAAAUAUGCAGUUUUCGUUUACUUAAUUCACGUAGUAUUACGAGUAAAUAGUAGUCGAAAGUGGCAGCUGUUUUCCCCUGCCAUUCUUCCGAAAACGUCACCCUUCUCUGGCGAUGCUGUAGAUAGCUCGCCUCAUAUGUUUUAAAAAUUUCUUAAAGUAUUUGCAGUUCAUAAAUAACAGUUUUUACGUACUUUAAAACAAUUAAUAAAUGAGAAUUAUUAAAUAGUAAAUUAUAAAUGAGUAUAAUCAAAUAUAUAAAUAAUAAUAGUUCAUUAUAAAUAUAAGGCAAAUAUUAAAUUGUCUAAAUAAAUACAACUAGUGUAAAACUUUAUGAAGCAUUUAAAUACAGUAAUUACCUAAAAAACACUUCAGUCAGACUCAAAGCUUGAUAAUCCUUCUGUAUCCACAACAGAAUCAGCAUCAUAAUUAUCUAACUUCUGCUUUUGAGCCAUUUUACUUUAUAAACACCCUAAAAACACGCCAAAAUAAAAUAAAAACAAGGUAAAAAAAAAAAUUCCCCCUUCAUUAUGAAAAAAAUUCACGGAACCCAUACUGCCAUCUGUAGAAAGUAAAACUAACUAAAUUUCGCGAGUAGGAUUCAUUUGUAACAUAAUCAAUGCAGAAUAAUAAUGGCGUACGAGCUCAGCUCGUCAGCGUGCAUUGGGGAGAAAUUUCACUAUGCGAGUAGUGCUCGUUUCUAACCAUUUCGGUCAAAAUCUUGCUCCCAAGCGGAACUCGUUUGCGCACAUUAUGAAGCACGAUUGGAUUGUGAGCUGAACCUGUUUAUAACCAUCAAAGGGUUAAUUAUAUAUCACAGACCUUCAUUUUUCUAAAUUUAUGAGAAAUGGUUCAUAGAAAAUAUUUAUCUUUUAUUGUCUUUAUUAUGUUAUUAUUAUCUUUUAAUUAUCUUUUUAGUAGCAAUAAUUUGUUUGUCUCAAUCUUAAGAAAAAUUUAAUAGUUAAAUGGUGUAGCAAUUACUUAAAUUCAUAACUUAUACUGUAGUUGUCUGUAGGCAGUUAUGAUUUAAAGAAAAAAUAUAUUCAUGCAGAAUUACAACAUCUUGCUUUGAAUUUCAAAGUAUCAAUUUUAUUGACAUAAUUUGUUAUCACAACAUUUGGCAUUAUUCAUGAUGAAUGGCAGCUCACUUUGUGUAUAAAUGUUUAUACGAGGUGUAAAAAAAAAGUGUGGAUGCGGUCAAAUAUCUCCAAUAUACAUGGGAUAAAAAAAGUUAAAAUAUACAUGCUGUGGGGGCAACUUUGAAAUCUUAAGUAUGGAUUCCUAUUUUUUAUUGCAGAUUUGAGUUCUCCAGAAUAAAGUAAUCCUGUUUGAGUUAUAGGUUUAUGCAUUUUGUUCAUAGAUGGUGCUGCAACCAAGGAAAUUAAAAUAGGGUACAUGAUCUUUUUUUUUUUAAACAGAUGUAAAAAAAUUAGAAAAAAAAAUUUGAAACAUGUCUAUUUUUAUAUUCUUAAUCUGAUGAGUCCCGAAAUUUGCCCUUCUAAACAGUUUGUACCAUAUUUUAAUUUUCCCAGUUAAAGUACUAUAUGUGAAAAAAAAUGCAUAUACUAAACUCAAAUAAUGUUACUUUUUUCUGGAGAAUCCAAAUCUAAAAUAAAGGAAAACAGAGUUUCAUAUUUAAGAUUUCAAAAAUUGCACCAGGGGUUGGGGUUCGUAUAUUGAGUUUUGAUAUCAUUGGAUAGCUUUUAAAAAUUAAAUGCGCCAAUGUUACUUUUUCAAUCCGAUCUAUAUUUUUUGAGAUAUUUGAUGUUUUUUAAACUUUUUUUACACUUUAAAUCGUUGUGAAAAAAGUAAUCCACUAAUGUCCAAUUUUCAAUAGUGCAAUUUUUCAGUUAUCUUUUAUUUUAUAAAAAGCUGUUAAAACAAUUGAAAUAUUUAAAAAUAAAGUUAUGAGUGAAAAUCUUUUUAAUUUGAACAUAAAUUCAAGUAAAAUACUAAAGGCUAAUGCAAUGUCAAUAAAUCCAAAAAAUAUUGUAGGAUUCCAAGGAAAAAAUAAACCUUUUUGUAAAGAUAUUUACUAAAAUAUUUACUGAGUACUAAAUCAUUUAAUAAACUUAUAACUUUUCUUCUAGAUAUAACAAGAAGCAGAUUUUGAGAGUUAGACUUAAAAAUAAAAAGUCUACACUAGAUGUGUGUUUCCUUUGAAAAAAAUUUUUUUUUUUGAAAAAAAGUCUCAUAAUAUUUUCAAUAAGUGCAUGAUUUGUUCUUCAAAAAAUAAGCCAAUGGUUGGAUUUAACUGUCAAUAGUGAAUUAAAAAAAUGCUGAUAAAUUUAUUAUUAUUGAAUUAAAUUAGAAUUAUUGAAUUUAAACUACUGUUAUUUAAUGAUUUGACUGACUAUAUGGAUGUUUUUUUUUGUGCAACAUAAAUUAUUUUUGGAAUAAUACAUUUAGUUCUCCAGGGAAAAAUUUUAUUUAUACACAAUUUUUCUUGGGAAACAUAUUUAUGUUUUUAAUUUAUUUAUUUUUCUUCUGUAAAACCACUUGUGACUUAUUGUGCAGUUUUGUAAAUAAAUUGUAUAAGUGAUAAUUUUUUUUAAUUUAAGAUCUUUUCUGUUAAUACUAUAAAGUAUGUAUUUUUAUAACAAAUAAAAUAUUUAUAGAAA